AUGAGCAGCGCAAAGUCGAUGGGGCCGGGUGUGUGUGUACUCAGUGGAGCGGGUCCGCAGAUCGGGCCUACAAUGCACGUUGUUUAUCCGCUAGGGCGCGGGGGUGGAGUGAAGGCAGGCGAGGGGCAGGGCUCCUGGCCGGGCCCAGAGUAUUCAGUCUUUCGACGUCUGCCGCCACAGUUGCACGUGACCGCGAGUGCACCAGUAUCCCAGCAAUUACUGACAUCCCGACCUUCAAUCCGUGCGAACGAGACGUCUAUAUCAAGGUGUUCUCAAAGAAGGAUGUGA